CUAGAGUCCAAUAGGCUAGGCUAGUAGAUCUAAUCCUCAUGAUUUAUGAUGCUGUGACUGAAGACUGAAGACACUGAGUUUUUUCAUCACGAUGUCUUCAUCGGAGUUGGCGUUUGACUUCAGCACAGACAGUAUGGCCUAUUACUUUUUGCUGAUCCCUUCUACUUUGAUUGUUUUUGUAGUUGCAGUAUUUUUCAACUGGUUAGGUUUGAAAUUUUUCACCCAUAACUGAAUCAAGACUACAGACAGAAUCAAAUCCAAAGCUAAAUCGUCCUGAAGAAAUGUUACACCUCCGGAACUUGUAAUUAUGACUACCACUUUGCAGCUCGGAUUACCAGCCAGAAGAGAGCAUUUCAAAUUGGAAAACUUGGUUAAGAAUUCAUAUAUUUGGCCAGUUGUUUUGAUAUCUGAAGUCCUGGUGUACAGUUCUUAUUCUAUAUUUCUCAACCUCAGUCGCAUUGAUGGGAUUUUGGUAUAUCAGUCAUCAUCACUGGUCCUCAGUAUAGAAACUGUGAAGUUUUUCUUUGCCUUUGUCAUGGCGUUUCCUGAAAUCUCCACAAAUGGAUUGUCGCGCGUCAGGUUGAAAAAUAUCCUGCCAUUUGCUGUUCCAGCUGUUUGUUAUUGUGUCACAAACAACUUGGCUGUAUACAUGCAGGAUCAAAUGGAUCCAGCCACAUUCCAGAUGCUGUGCAAUUUGAAAAUAGCAUCAACUGCUCUUCUGUACAGGAUGAUAAUGAAAAGGCGUCUCAGAAAUCUUCAGUGGAUAUCUUUAGGUCUUUUGAUGUUUGCGGGGAUGCUAAAUGGGUACACUGGUCUUUCCAAAGAAACGGUUUCCUUGAAGGAAAUUCACAUCACUGUGCUUGGCCUUGUUAUGGCUUUGCUGUAUUGUACAAUAUCAGGAUUUUCUGGGGUCUACACUGAGUAUAUACUUAAACAUGAUAGCAAGAUUUCGCUACCUUUGCAGAACUGCUUUUUGUAUAUUUUUGGUAUUAUACUCAACUUCUUAUUGUGGCACUGGCAGGCAGAUAAGAAUCUCAAGUUCUUUCAUGGGUUCACCCACUUCACAUGGGCUGUAGUCCUAUGCCAAGCACUCAAUGGGCUAGUCAUGUCUCUGAUCAUGAAGCAUAGUAACAACAUGGUGAGGCUGUUCAUCAUAUCCUCUGCCAUUCCAGUGACGACAGUACUCUCCAUGCUCAUCUUUGGUCUCCAGCCAGACACUGCCUUUGUUACUGUUGGUGUUAUGGUCAUUUUUGCAAUAUAUUUAUAUAAUUAUGUACCGAAAUCAUAAUAAUGUUGUUUUAACUUAUUUGAUGAGUUGUUACUUAUGGAAGACCUUGUGCCGGUUCCUAUGGUAUGAUAUUGCGUUGUGCACAAAAGACAUGACUUAGAGGAAGUUUUUAAUUGAGUAUCUCUGUUAUUGCACAGAGAUGUGUCUCACACUACUGGAGUUGGCACUGAUAAAUAGGGUUGAAGCAGCCCGUCCCCUAAGUUAUCAUAGUAGUGUAAAAGGGUGUUUGAUGCAUUUACAGCAUUACUACAUAAGUGAAAGUGUCAUUUGUCAAUGUGAGCUACUUAUUACGGAAAGUGGGUUUACAUUAUUAUGUUAAAAACUUUUGGUUAUAUUUAACAGUUUGCUGUAGCAAUUUUAAAAUUUAACCCUCAGACGUUGGUACGUCUACUGACUAAAUGAUUGAUUAUUGUUUUUCCAAGUAUUUCUCAUUUAUCAUAAAUAUCUUCUUGUCUCUUCUACAAGUUACUAACUGUAUCCUAAUAUACAAAUCUUCUUUUCUAAACAUGUUGGUGGUUAAUACAAGUUUGUGUCUUUUUCAUGAUGAAAAUGCUAACAUAUGCAUAUUUUUCAACUAAACUCUCUGCAACAAAACAAGGAAUAGGCAAAGUAGUUGUUAAAGACCUCUAAAGUCAAAUGUAGUCUGGUUGGGGGUGGGGCGGGUGGGGGUGGGGGCAGCAAGGGUCUACUUGACUGAUUUUGGCCAGAUUGGCCAAUAUUCAUAUGAAAUGGGCAAUAGUAAAUUUUGACUUCAUAUGUAGCUGCAAAAA